AAAAUUAUGCAGGAUCCAAUUAAGAAGGAGCCUAAAAUUGGAUUGUAGUCUAAGACCUGUAAUAUUCACAAGCAAAGGGCUGUUCUGAGCCCAGAGAAGAGGGAACCACUACGGCAGCAGGAGCCUGGGGAGAGGACACAGAAGCUGUUUAUUAUCAGGGACAUGGAUACAAUAUUCGGUAGAAAUAAAGAAGAACAUCCAGAGCCCAUAAAAGCUGAGGUGCAAGGCCACUUGCCCCCUUGGUUGCAAGGGACACUGCUCCGAAAUGGCCCAGGGAUGCACACCAUAGGGGACAUGAAGUACAACCACUGGUUUGAUGGCUUGGCUCUGCUGCACAGUUUCACAUUCAAAAAUGGUGAAGUUUACUACAGAAGUAAGUAUCUCCGAAGUGACACGUACAACUGCAAUAUAGAAGCAAACCGAAUUGUGGUGUCUGAGUUUGGGACUAUGGCUUAUCCAGAUCCAUGCAAAAACAUAUUUGCCAAGGCAUUCUCCUAUUUGUCUCACACCAUUCCUGAGUUCACGGACAACUGCCUGAUCAACAUUAUGAAAAAUGGGGAUGAUUUUUAUGCUACCAGUGAGACCAACUUCAUCAGGAAAAUUAAUCCGCAGACUCUGGAGACACUAGAAAAGGUUGACUACAGCAAAUAUGUAGCUGUAAAUGUGGCAACUUCUCACCCACACUAUGACAGCACUGGAAAUAUUCUCAACAUGGGCACUUCAAUAGUUGAUAAAGGGAAAACAAAAUACAUUCUAUUUAAGAUUCCUCCCUCUGUGCCAGAAAAAGAAAAGAAGAAAUCUUGUUUUAACCACCUGGAAGUAGUUUGCUCUAUCCCUUCUCGCUCCCUGCUCCACCCAAGCUACUACCAUAGCUUUGGGAUCACAGAAAAUUACAUUGUCUUCGUCGAGCAGCCAUUCAAACUGGAUAUUGUCAAAAUGGCAACUGCUUACAUCCGAGGUGUGAACUGGGCUUCCUGCCUUUCCUUUCAUAAGGAAGAUAAGACUUGGUUUCACUUUGUAGACAGGAAGACUAAAAAAGAAGUAUCCACCAAGUUUUAUACUGAUGCCAUGGUGCUUUUUCACCACAUAAAUGCUUAUGAAGAGGAUGGCCACAUUAUUUUUGAUGUUAUUGCCUAUACAGACAAUAGCUUAUAUGAUAUGUUCUAUUUAAAAAACCUGAGUAAAGACUUUGAAAAGAACAGCAAGCUGACCUCCAUACCAACCUGCAAACGAUUUGUUGUUCCUCUGCAGCAUGAUAAGGAUGCAGAAGUAGGUUCUAAUUUAGUCACCAUUCCAUCUACUGCAACUGCUGUAAAAGAGAGAGAUGGCAGCAUCUAUUGCCAACCUGAAAUACUAUGUCAAGGGAUAGAACUGCCUCGCAUCAACUACGACUAUAAUGGCAAAAAAUACAAGUAUGUUUAUGCAACAGAAGUCCAGUGGAGUCCAGUUCCUACAAAGAUUGCAAAGUUUAAUACCCACACGAAGGAAAUGCUCCACUGGGGAGAGGACCACUGCUGGCCAUCUGAGCCCAUUUUCGUUCCCAGCCCUGAUGCAAGAGAAGAGGAUGAUGGCAUUGUUCUGACCUGUGUGGUGAUGUCAGAUCCAAAGAAAGAACCCUUCCUACUUGUCUUGGAUGCUAAAACAUUCAAAGAAUUGGGCCGAGCCACAGUAGAUGUAGAAUUGCAUCUGGACUUGCAUGGAAUGUUUAUACCAGAGAAAAACUUGAAGGCUGAAACUGAAUAAAAUGCUAUUUAUCCACUUACACAGACUGAGACAACCUUCAAAUGAAUGUGGCAUGAUAUAAUUCAGGAACAACCUUAUCUUAUGACAAUAUAUUACUAAAUAUAAUCUCUGCAAUCUCUCUAUAUAAUAUCUUCUAAGAGAUAGCAAUAACUUCUGCUACAAAUAAUUGUACACACAACUUGUCCACACUUGGAAAAGAAGAAUUAAGUGCUAAAGGAUUAAGUGCUAAUUUUGUAUACAACUCAUGGGGCAGGGAAUGGCAGACAAAGGUAACAAGAAAUAUUUUAUAUUAAUAGAAUAUAGCUUUCUGAGCAAACGAAGUACUUUAUUUAUAGGGUGAUGCAUGGCAUGAGUCACGUAUGACUGCAGGUCAUGUAACUUUGAUGGAUGGUUUCAAGACUGCAGCUCAUGAUGAAAGCUGCCUCCUGCCAGAAAACCUCACUAUAAACUAUCUGCUAUGAUUCUAAUAGUUCAUGGCAAUGCGUUCUCUUGGUGCUUGAUUUCUUGAACUCUUCUUGAACCAUAACCAAAGUAUUGCAUUGAGGUGCUACAGCUUUCCGAUUCAGAAACAAAAAAAACACCUGCUUUGCUAAUAAUUUCAUGGUGUGUUUUUUCCCUUUUAUGUUGACAAGACUAAGUAACUUGAAGUGGAAUCUAUGGUUUUAUGCAGCAUUCAAUUGUAUUUUAGUGCUAUUUAAUCUUAAGCACUGUAUAGGGUCUGACUGACUUCUGUGAGGAGCUGCUAGAAGCUUCCCCCAUGUCCAACAGAGCCAAUGCCAGCCAGCUCCAGGACAGACCUGCUGCUGGCCAAGGCCAAGCCAGCUGGCCAUGGUGGUAGCAUCUCUGUGAUAACAUAUUUAAGAAGGGGAAGAAGUUGCUGCACAACAGUGAUUGUAGCCAAAGAGAGGAGUGAGAAUAUGUGAGAGAAACAGCUCUGCAGACACCAAGGUCAGUGAAGAAGGAGGGGAGGAGGUGCGCAAGGCACUGGAGCAGCAAUUGCACUGCAGCCUGUGGUGAAAACCAUGGUGGAGCAGAUACCCACCAGCACCCCAUGGAGCACCCCAUGCCUGAAGGAAGCUAUGGCCCCAUGUGAAGCCGAUGCUGGAGCAGGCUUCUGGAACAACCUAUAGGCCUGUGGAGGGAGGAGCCCACACUGGAGCAGAUUUGCUGGCAGGACUUUUGGCUCCAUGGGGGACCCAUACGGGAGGAGGCUUCUCCUGAAGGACUGCACCCCGUGGAGAGGAUGGAAGGGACCCAUGCUGGAGCAGUUCAUGAAGAACCGUUCCCCAUGGGAAGGACUCACACUGGUGAAGUUCAUGGAGGACUAUCUCCUGUGGGAGGGACUCCAUGCUGGAGCAGGGGAAGAGCAUGAGGAGUCCUCCCCCUGAAGAGGAAGGAGCAGCAGAUAUGACCAGUGACGAACUGACCACACACCCCAUCCCUAUCCCCCUGCGCUGCUGGUGGGGAGGAGGCAGAGAAUCUGGGAGUGAAGUUAAGUCCAAGAAGAAGGCAGGUGUGAGGGGAGGGUGUUCUUAAGACUUUUUUUUCACAUUAUGCUUCUCUGAUUUGGUAAUUAUUGGUAAUAAAUUAAUUCAUUUAUUCCCCAA